GACCCACUUUGUUUUCUCUUUUGGCUUCUUACAUCUUCUCUUUGUACGAACACUCCCCCUCUUCUCUUUCCCUUCCUUUUCCACGUUCUUCCUCCCUCAAUCCCCUUUCCAUUUUCUCGAUCGUCAAAAACCAUUACAGUAUUACACAGUUUACACUCCCUUUUCUUCACGGGCUACUACUUCCUCUCCCUUUCUCUCUCCUCCAAAACCAUCAUUCUCUCUCCUGAUUCAGCUCAAACUUCUUAAUUCACCACUGCUAAUUGAUUUUUGCCGCCAUUGAUACAGUCUCCUACUAAAUCAAGCUUAACUGAUAAUCGAUUUUGCGGCCACUGAAUCGACAUGCGAGCGCGCAGGAGUGUUUGAUUUGGUGAUGAAGCUCAACUGUUGAGUUGAAUUGAAAAAAGGAAUUGAAGUAAGAUGAUGAGUGGUAAUUUGGUGAAUAAAUCGAAUAAAUCGGGGUUUAUUGGUCAGUUUACAGAGAUGAUUUUGCGGCCAUUGAUACAAUCUCCUGCUAGAUCUUCGAUCAUUCUUUUCUUCUUCCUUUCUCUUCUCGUCGGUGCUCUUCUCUCUACUCGCUUCCUUGAUACCUCCAAUUUUGCUGAAAGUUCCACACAGCAAGCAUUUCCAACUGCCACUGCAAGUGGUAAAUUGGCAACAUCAGACUCUGCACAACAGAAAAACUCGAACAACCCGACCACCGAGCCCCCUAAAAAGGCUCACAGAAAAAUUGAAAUUCCACUUAAAUGUUCUGAUGAGAACACCACACAAACCUGCCCAGCAAAUUACCCUAAAAAACCGGAGAUGGAUCCGGAUGCUCCACCUCCUUCCACGUGUCCUGAAUACUUUCGCUGGAUACAUGAAGAUUUACAGCCUUGGAAGAAGAAUGGUGUUAGUAGAGAGAUGGUGGAAGGAGCAAAAAGAACUGCCAAUUUCAGAUUGGUGAUAAAAGAUGGAAAGGCUUAUGUUGAGAGAUACAAAAGGUCGUAUCAAACCAGAGAUGUUUUCACCCUCUGGGGAAUUUUACAGCUAUUAAGGAGGUACCCUGGUAAAGUUCCUGAUCUAGAUCUCAUGUUUGACUGUGUUGACUGGCCGGUAAUAUCAAAACGCCAUCACUGGCCCAACAACGAGGCUCCUCCUCCGCUGUUUCGUUAUUGCGGGGACGAUGGAACAUGGGAUAUCGUUUUCCCCGACUGGUCCUUUUGGGGAUGGGCCGAGAUCAAUAUGAAGCCAUGGGAGUUUUUGUCGAAGGAUCUAAAAGAAGGAAACACGAGGAUGAAAUUCGCGGACAGAGAACCUUAUGCUUUUUGGAAAGGAAAUCCUUUUGUUGCGCCACACAGGUUGGACCUUCUUAAGUGUAACGUCACUGACAAGGAGGACUGGAAUGCUCGCUUGUAUAUACAGGAUUGGUUUAAAGAAGCACAACAAGGUUUUAAGCAGUCAGACUUGGCGAGCCAAUGCGUAGACAGAUAUAAGAUCUACAUCGAAGGAUCAGCGUGGUCAGUCAGUGAGAAGUAUAUCCUCGCAUGUGAUUCUGUUUCCUUGUUAGUAAAGCCAUUGUACUACGACUUCUUCUCAAGAAGUUUGAUGCCUCUACAACAUUAUUGGCCCGUCAGGCAGGAUGAUAAGUGUAGGUCUAUUAAGUUCGCUGUUGAAUGGGGUAAUCAUCACAUGCAAAAGGCGCAGGAAAUUGGAAAGGCGGCCAGUAAUUUCAUACUAGAAGAUAUGAAAAUGGACUAUGUAUAUGAUUACAUGUUACAUUUACUUACUGAAUAUUCCAAGCUCUUAAAAUACAACCCCACAAUACCAGAAGACGCGGUUGAGCUUUGCUCAGAAACCAUGGCGUGCCCUGCAGUGGGGUCAGAGAAGAAGUUCAUGAUGGAUUCUCUGGUGAAAGGUCCUUCGGAUAAAAGUCCGUGCACCAUGCCGCCUCCUUACGAUCAGGUUGCACUUCAAACCCUUUUGAGGAGAAAAACCAACACAUUGAAACAGGUUGAAAAAUGGGAGAAAGAUUAUUGGUUUAACAAAACUCAGCAGCAAUAAUAGAUAGGUCUUUAUUUUAUAUUUACUCUUAAGAAUAGGUAAAUAGAAAAUCUCAAAAUCAUAAAAAUGUUUGUUAUUAUAUUAUGUUCAGUUUUGUGUUAUUAUUAUCAUUGUAUCAGAGUGUAGUUUAUGGACUAUACACCACACUAGGUAGAUAUAUUUAGAGAUUUUAGUAACACAGGAAAUUUUCCAUAUUGUUUUAUUCCAGUUUUCUAUAGCAUGAUUUUCACAUACCAAA